AUGCGGCUGUUCCGGUGGCUGCUGAAGCAGCCGGUGCCCAAGCAGAUCGAGCGCUAUUCCCGCUUCUCCCCGUCGCCGCUCUCCAUCAAGCAGUUCCUGGACUUCGGGAGAGACAAUGCGUGUGAAAAAACGUCAUACAUGUUUCUACGGAAGGAGCUUCCGGUGCGUCUGGCUAACACCAUGAGAGAAGUUAAUCUUCUGCCGGAUAAUUUGCUUAACCGCCCUUCAGUGGGAUUGGUCCAGAGUUGGUAUAUGCAGAGCUUCCUUGAACUUUUGGAGUAUGAAAAUAAGAGCCCUGAGGAUCCAAAGGUCUUAGAUAACUUUCUACAAGUUCUUAUUCAAGUCAGAAAUAGACACAAUGAUGUGGUUCCUACAAUGGCACAAGGAGUGAUUGAAUACAAGGAGAAGUUUGGGUUCGAUCCGUUCAUUAGCAGUAACAUCCAGUAUUUUCUGGAUCGCUUCUAUACCAACCGCAUCUCCUUCCGCAUGCUUAUUAACCAGCACACACUUUUGUUUGGUGAUGACACAAAUCCUGCUCAUCCUAAACACAUUGGAAGUAUCGAUCCCACCUGCAACGUGGCUGAUGUCGUGAAAGAUGCGUAUGAAACUGCCAAGAUGUUAUGUGAACAGUAUUACAUGGUGGCUCCUGAGUUGGAAAUUGAAGAAUUCAAUGCCAAAGCUCCUGGCAAACCUAUUCAGGUAGUUUAUGUGCCCUCACAUCUGUUUCACAUGCUAUUCGAGUUGUUCAAGAACUCCAUGAGAGCCACAGUUGAACUCUAUGAAGACAGAAAAGAGGCCUACCCAGCGGUUAAAACCCUUGUUACUCUGGGUAAAGAAGACUUGUCCAUUAAGAUCAGCGACCUAGGUGGUGGCGUUCCCCUUCGAAAGAUAGAUCGUCUUUUUAACUACAUGUAUUCCACUGCUCCUAGACCAAGCCUGGAGCCUUCAAGAGCUGCCCCUCUGGCUGGAUUUGGUUACGGCUUGCCAAUUUCUCGUCUGUAUGCUAGAUAUUUCCAAGGAGAUCUAAAGCUGUAUUCUAUGGAAGGAGUGGGUACGGAUGCUGUAAUUUAUUUGAAGGCUCUUUCAAGUGAAUCAUUCGAGAGACUUCCAGUAUUUAAUAAGUCAGCAUGGCGCCAUUACAAGACCACACCUGAAGCCGAUGAUUGGAGCAAUCCCAGCAGAGAGCCCAGAGAUGCUUCUAAAUACAAGGCAAAACAAGACAAGAUCAAGACUAAUAGAACUUUCUAG